CCCCGGUCCCCAACUGAGCGUUGAACCCGUUCUUGCGCGCUUUCCAGCCUAACCUAGCCGGAGCUUUCCCGCAUCUGAGUCCAGAUCCCAGUAUGCCUUUGGGGACAUCCCAGUGUGAAGCUGGCUCUGCAGGGUGCCCUCAGCACCCCGAGAUGCACUCAGGGAAAGGGCACCUAGAGAAGGGCUCUUCGGGGGACAGUGAGCGCCUAUGGAUCCCACCCGAUACCCCGAGCAGAUGUACCUGGCAGCUGAGCAAGCCCAUGGCAGACUCCCCUCAUUACCACACAGCACCGACAAAAUCUCCAAAAAUUUUGCCAGAUAUUCUGAAGAACAUUGGGAACACCCCCAUGGUCAGAAUCAACAAGAUUUCAAAGAAUGCAGGACUCAAGUGUGAGCUGUUGGCCAAGUGUGAGUUCUUCAACGCGGGAGGGAGUGUGAAGGACCGCAUCAGCCUUCGGAUGAUUGAGGAUGCUGAGCGAGACGGCACCUUGAAGCCUGGGGACACGAUCAUUGAGCCGACUUCUGGGAACACAGGAAUCGGGCUGGCUCUGGCAGCUGCUGUGAAGGGCUACCGCUGCAUUAUUGUGAUGCCGGAGAAGAUGAGCAUGGAGAAGGUGGAUGUGCUGCGGGCCCUGGGAGCUGAGAUCGUGAGGACCCCCACCAAUGUGAGGUUCGAUUCCCCCAAGUCUCACGUGGGAGUGGCAUGGCGACUGAAGAAUGAAAUCCCCAAUUCUCACAUUCUGGACCAGUACCGCAAUGCCAGCAACCCUUUGGCGCACUAUGACGACACGGCCGAGGAGAUCCUGCAGCAGUGUGAUGGGAAACUGGACAUGCUGGUGGCUUCAGCAGGCACGGGUGGCACCAUCACAGGCAUCGCCAGGAAGCUGAAGGAGAAGUGCCCCGGGUGUAAAAUCAUUGGUGUAGAUCCUGAAGGGUCCAUCCUUGCGGAGCCUGAGGAGCUGAACCAGACGGACCAAACAGUCUAUGAGGUGGAAGGGAUCGGCUAUGACUUCAUUCCGACCGUCCUGGACAGGGCGGUGGUGGAUAAGUGGUUCAAGAGCAACGACGAGGAGUCCUUCACCUUUGCCCGCAUGCUCAUUGCCCAGGAAGGGCUGCUGUGUGGUGGAAGUUCAGGCAGCGCCAUGGCUGUGGCCGUGAAGGCUGCCCAGGAGCUGGAGAAAGGACAGCGCUGUGUGGUCAUCCUGCCUGACUCUGUGCGGAACUACAUGUCCAAGUUCCUGAGUGACAAAUGGAUGCUGCAGAAGGGUUUCAUGAAGGAGGAGCUCUCUGUGAAGAGGCCUUGGUGGUGGCAUCUACGUGUUCAAGAGCUGAGCCUGUCAGCGCCACUGACUGUGCUGCCCACAGUCACCUGUGAGCACACCAUCAACAUUCUCCGGGAGAAGGGCUUCGACCAGGCGCCCGUGGUCAAUGAGUCAGGGGCCAUCUUAGGGAUGGUGACUCUUGGGAACAUGCUGUCAUCCCUGCUUGCUGGGAAGGUGCAGCCAUCAGAUGAAGUCUGCAAAGUUCUCUACAAGCAGUUCAAACCGAUCCACCUCUCCGACACACUGGGCACGCUCUCCCACAUCCUGGAGAUCGACCACUUCGCCCUGGUGAUCCAUGAGCAGAUCCAGUCACGAGACCAGGCCUGGUCAGGAGUGGUGGGGGGGCCCACAGACCACAGCAAUGGCCUGUCCAGCAAGCGGCAGAUGGUGUUUGGGGUUGUCACUGCCAUUGACCUGCUAAACUUCGUGGCAACCCGUGAACAGAACCAAAAAUAGAACCUGAAAGUUGGGACUGGCUUCCAUCCUCCCUGCUGGGACCUUUUGGCUUUAGAGACCCCGACCAGUCAUGCCCAAGUGCAACAGGCAGCACAAGCAGGUGGCUGUUGAGACCAGCUGCAGAGGUCCAGCCUCCCUCCUAGCAUUCACCUUUCUAACUGAAUCCCGAGCCUGAGUGCCUUACAUGGGUGUCCUCUGGUGUCAUGCCUUCCUGGUGUCACAAAAGAACUGAGGGGUGUCAGCUGUGCAACUGUGACAAGCCUGAGGGAGCAGCAAGUGUCCUCCCUAGAGAAGGGUCCAGCAUGGGGAAGGGCAAACUCUGGACCGACUUUGUGCCCAUCAUCAGGGGCAGUGUUGUUCCCAGCACGGGAACACGUGGGUUUUAAUGACGGUGUAGUUCCUGAGACCCGAGACCCACAGCUGUGAACAGAGUGCCCAUGGUGUCACCACUUAGGUCAUGCCUCCUGUCAAGCAGCUCUGGCUCACCCUCCCCUGCACCCCUGACAAGUACUUACUUACCCCACUUUCUGUCUCGAUGGGUUUCCCUGUCCUGGGCACUUCAUUAAAUGGACUUACACACCCGUGGCCCCGUGUCUCAUGGUUUCAUGUUGAGACUGAUGUCAGAGUUACAUUCCUCUUCAUGGCUGAGCAACGGUCUAUUGUGUAGGUGGUCCUUGCUUUGUUCUGUUCACCCAUGCACAAGUGUGUGUUGUUUUCACCUCUUGGAUGUUGUGAGGGUCUGCACACGUGUCUGCUCGAACACAUGUUUUUCCUGGGAUGGAUCCCGGAUUGGGCUUGCUGCAAUCCUGUUCAAGCAUAAUGCUUGACCAGGACCCAUUGAGAAGUCAGAUAUAAUUCUGAUAGGUCUGCCUUUAUGUUACUUGGCCUUUUUCCUUUGCAGCUCUUAAUAUUAUUUCUUUAUUCUCAAUGUUUAGUGCUUUGAAUGAUGCAACAUUUUUUUUUGAUCCAUUCUAUUUGGUGUUCUGGAAGCUUCUUGUAUUUUCAUAUGCAUAUCUUUCUUUAGGUUGGGAAAGUUUUCUCCAGUAAUUUUGUUGAAUAUAUUUUCUAUGCCUUUGAGCUGGAGUUCUUGUCCUUAUUCUAUACCUAUUAUUCUUAGGUUUGGUCUUUUCAUGGUGUCUCAUAUUUCCUGGAUAUUUUCUGUGACGCUUUUGUUAGAUUUAAUGUUUUCUUUGACAGGUAAGAGCACUGUUCUUUAGGACCAUUGUCAGCAGCUACACGGUUAUCACAUAACCAUCUGUAACACCAGUGCCAGGGCAUUCAAGGCCCUCUUCU